UGCGAGGUGGGGCGGGAAAGGGGUUGGCAGAAGUGUUGGGUUCGUUGUCAAAAUAGCUACACCUUCUUUUUCUGUGGGGCUGGCCUGUGGGAAGAGCGAGCCCCCCAAAAGGCCGACAAACAGGCUGUGGUGGGUCGCGUACUGAUCGCCGGGGCUUGAUCUCGGGGCACCGCCGGGGGCUUGAGGGGAACGCCGCAAGGAGGGGGAAGCGUUGGCCGCCGUACAGCCGCCACAGCCCACAGCCGGGAGGGGGGAAGGGUGGUGGUGGCGGCGGCGGCGGCGGCGGCGAGGAGCAGUCUGGCUCGAUUGGGUUCAUUCGUUCUUACCGCCCCGCCUUUGGGUGGCAGGCAGCGCAGCGGCCAGAGCGAGCCCGCCGGCGGGACUGCAGAGGCCUUUUCUUCUUCCCGCCUGCUGCAAGCGGCCGAGAAGCUGCUGCUGCUUCUGUUGCCGAACACAAUAAAGGGAGGCGGGUGAAAAGAAAGCAGCCGGCAACGUUUCCCUUUCGCGCUUCGUAGGCCCGACCCGGAUGAGGGGCCCUUGAGUAGCCAUCCCCCAUCACACCCGGCGCCUCCAAGCCAGUCGCUGGGAAGUCAGCCGGAGGAGGCAAGGAGGCGGCGGCGGGCGCAGGCCGAAGGGAGAGGCCUAGUGUGUGCCGUACCCUGCACCUCUGAGACGGCGCCUGGGCCAGACCGAGGCGGGGGGGCGAAAGGCUGGUCAGCGCGAUGGUGUGAAACGAAAGCAACGCCUGAGCGAAGAUGGCCGGUGGUGGCGGCGGCGUCGGCGGCGGUAGAAACGUAGGGAGUAUCCAGCAGUCGGGUUUUCUCGAGGCUUUGGAUAAAUCACAGUCCAAACGGGAUGGAGGUUUUAAAAAUAACUGGAGCGUUGAUUAUUCAGAAGAAAGUGAAGGAGAUACAGAGAAAGAUGAAGCCAAUUUGUUGAUAUUUGAUGAAAGCGAUGAAACUUGCAGUCCCAAUGGUGAAAGAAAACCAUGUCGCCAUCGCUUAGGUUUUGUAGCCAGAAAUGAUGCCUUAAGGACAUACAGCAGACGAAACAAAAGUGACACUCUUGGAAAUUUAAAAAGCAUCGCAACUGGACUUAACGUAUCGGGGAGCAGCAAGAAAAUAUGUGUAAAUGCUGAAAAUAUAUCCUGUUCAGAUUCAGAAGGACAAGUCAGACAUUUUUGUCCUCACACACAAACACGAGUAAAAACAGCAGCACAAAAGAAAGAAUACCCCCAUAAUAUUCCAAAGGUGGAUAACAAUUGCAAUAAAUGGUCUCAACUUCAGGAGAUGAAAAGAGUGAUGGAGAGCAGAGAUGAGUCUGGUUCAGAAUCAGAGUCAGGAAUUACAAGGAGGGUACAACAGAAACGGCAAUGCAGUAUAUAUCAGGCUGAUUUGCUUCCAUCUCCUGCCACCAAAACUAAUGCAACCCACAUAGAGGGCUUGGAUAGUUACUCCAUAAUUCGCCCACACAUUGGAAAAACAAAUGAAAGUGAGACUGAACACCAACUUUCUGGAGUUUUUAGAGGCUUGCAAAGACAAUCCAUGCAAACCAUGCCUUUACAUGAUAAUUUGGCACGAGAAUCAAUACAUGACAGUUCAACAGAGCAACAUUCUUUAAGCACAGGAUUAAAUGCAAAAAACUUUUAUGGAUCAUCUACUGGUACAAUUUCUACAGACCUCAUGGUGAAGCGCAGCAUAGGCACAGUUAUGUUACGUCCAAAUGGAAAAGUGGGUUCUAAAAUGACUGGACAUUUGCGGCAGAAGACUACAACAGCAUCUGAGCUAAAUGAUCCAAUUGUGCUCUCCAGUGAUGAUGAAGAAGAUCAGAUUGGUGUCACAAACAGAAUGGAGAGCAUAUCGCCACGCCCAGCAGAUUCAGCCUGUUCUUCUCCUGCACCUUCCACAGGAAAAGUGGAAGCAGCCCUGAAGGAAAAUACUUGUGAACUAGAACAAAGGCUAAUUGGCAUUGCAGCAGAAACGGAAUCUACAAUAGCAUUACCAAGAAAAGCAAGAAUGAAAGACCAGUUUGGCAACAUUGUAUCCAAUGUAAAGCGUCGAAAAGUUUCCCCCCAAGAAACUGUGACUGAUAUUCCUUCAAAAUAUCAGAACUCCUACGAAAGUGUCAUAUUACGCUGUCGGAGUAUAAGAAUAGGAACUCUGCGAAAAAUGGUGGUGGAUCCUGUAAUUUUUUGUUUAGACUAUAUUAAGAUACGUUUGGAAGAGUCAGAAAAUGAUACUAGAGAUAUUAAUUUAAAAACUUCUGAACUUACUAAGUGUGAAUGGUGUAGUGUACGCAAAUUGCCAGUGGUUUUCUUGCAAACUGUACCUGCUGCCUGCCAAAGUUUAAGAUCACAUCUGAAGAUGAAUAGGGAAAAAGAUAAUGUCUGGUAUGAUUGUAAAGGAGCAAAUCCAGAAGAACAAUAUAUCAUUUUAAUUUUCGAGACAAGUUUUGAUCCUCAUGCAAAUACAAUAUUUGAAAAAAUAAUAACUGAAAUUGGUAUCAGGAACAAUAUUUCUGAAUUUUUUGUGAAAAUUACUUUUGAAGAAGCAAACAAUAGACUUGUGGCAUUUACAAAAUCUUUUGAAGAUACUUCUAAAGGAAGCGUUGGUCCUAAAGAAAGCAAAACAAAACAUGUUAUCUCCGAUUCUAAAAUGCAGAUGCAAAAUGCAACACAGUUCCAGUUCUUUGAGGAUGAUGAAAGUGUAGAGCCACAUACUGUCUUCAUUGGUCCUAUAGAAAAGUUGAUAGUUUAUCCGCCUCCUCCAGCAAAAGGGGGCAUAUCUGUGACCAAUGAAGAUCUUCAUUGUUUAAAUGAAGGAGAAUUUUUAAAUGACGUAAUAAUUGAUUUUUAUUUAAAGUAUCUGGUGCUAGAAAGGUUAAAAAAAGAAGAUGCAGAUAGGAUUCAUGUGUUCAGUUCCUUUUUUUACAAACGCCUUAAUCAAAGAGAGAGAAGGAAUCUUCAAGAAACUUCAAAGCUCACAAUUCAGCAGAAACGGCACGGUCGAGUAAAAACAUGGACACGACACGUUGAUAUCUUUGAAAAAGAUUUUAUUUUUGUUCCUCUUAAUGAAGCUGCCCACUGGUUCUUGGCUGUCAUCUGUUUUCCAGGUUUAGAAAAACCAAUAUAUGAGGCUAAUCCGUAUUACCAAGAAAAUGUAUCUACACAGAUUAAAUCUUCCUCUUUAAAUCAAGAUAGAAGUGCUUCAUCUCCUGUAUGUGCUGAAAUGGAUUUAUUACAGCAGUCUCCUCUAACAAGGAAAUUGUUCUGCAAGAAACAUUUUGCAGAAUUAACGGACACAAACACAGAUUCGGAGGAGAAUGAACCAUUAUACUGCAAAAGAAACUCUUUUGAGAAAAGUGGCUUUAAAAAGUUAAAUCAUUUGAACAGCACUGUAGAAGAAUUCAGGACUAUGGAACCCAUAUGUCCUAAACAUGAUCUUAAAACUUCAGAGGCAAAUGGAAUGCAAAAUGAACACAAAAUUCAUAUCCAAGCUAGUGAUGGUUUACAGAAAAUCAGGCUAAACUAUAGCGAAAAAUCUGCUGACAGCAAUAAACUAAAUGAAGAUGAGCUCAUAGAUUUUUCAGAAGACCAAGAUAACCAGGAGAAUAGUAGCGAUGAUGAUGGUCUUGCUGAUGAUAACUGUAAUUCAGAAUUAGGACAAUGGCAUCUAAAGCCAACCAUAUGCAAACAGCCAUGCAUUCUGCUCAUGGAUUCACUAAGAGGCCCUUCCCGAUCAAAUGUUGUCAGAACACUAAGGGAGUAUUUGGAAGUGGAAUGGGAAGUAAGGAAAGGGAGCAGACGAAGUUUCUCUAAAGAUGUCAUGAAAGGCUCGAACCCCAAAGUGCCACAACAGAACAAUUUCAGUGAUUGCGGAGUUUAUGUUUUACAGUAUGUGGAGAGCUUUUUUGAGACUCCUAUUCUAAGCUUUGAACUACCAAUGAAUCUAACAGACUGGUUUCCACGUCCAAGAAUGAAAACAAAACGAGAAGAAAUAAAAAAAAUAAUCCUGAAUCUACAAGAACAACAAAACAAAGAAAAGAAGGGGCAGAAAGACAGUAAUCUAACAGAGAAAUAUUUUCAGGAAAGAACAGAACAAUUUAUCAGCAACUGAAUCUUUUGUCAUUUGUUAGCCAUACAUCAAUUUUUU